UGUGUAUAUCAAUUCAGUUUUGUUUAUUUACUGUUGAAUGUCUUUAUUUUUCACUCAAGUUCAACAUUUCAAUUCUAGUUUUUAGUUUUACAUUAUUUUGAUUCCUUAUUUCAGCAUGGAGACUUCAAAAGGAAGAGGUCCAGGACAAAAUAAAAGAUUCUGGAGUGAAGAUGAAGACAAACACUUGAUUGAAUCACUUAUGGAGCUAAAUAUUGAAGGGAAGUUUAAAGCUGAAGGAAACUUCAAGCCAGGUCAUCUUAGAGCUAUUGAGAUGAAACUAAAAGAGCGAAUGCCUGGAUGUGACAUACAAGCUAAGCCACACAUUGAGUCUAGAAUGAAAACUUUGAAGACUCAUUUUCAAAUAGUACAUGAAAUGUUGACUGGACCUUUUUGUAGCGGGUUUGGAUGGGACAGUAUUAGAAAAACUGUAACUGCGGAAAAACCAGUGUGGGAAGCAUAUUUGCAGAGUCAUAAGGAAGCAGCUCCAUUCAAGAUCAAGUCAUUCCCUUGGUAUGACGACUUGUGUGCAGUUUUUGGCAAAGAUCGUGCAACUGGAAAACAUGCAGAGACUGUAACAGAUGUUGUUGAAGAACUUGAAGCUGAAAAGGAAAACACUACACUUGGAGAAGAUGAUUUUAGCAAUGCUAAUAAUGUGGAUGAAGUGGAAUCUAUGUCUGUUUCAGAUGCAACAAGAGGUGCUCAAUCUCACACUCAAUCAGAUGGGUCUUCAAAGAAGAAAAGGAAAGCUGCAAAUCAUGAAGAACUUUCAAAUGCACUUACUCAAUCAGCUUCUAUUCUCGCAGAGGUAAUUGAAAAAGCUUCAAUUCGUUUGAGUAAAGCUAUUGGUGAAGACUUGAAUGAAAAGCCUAUGCAGCUCGGGAAAGAGUUAGAAAGGACCACUACACUUACUACAACUUAACGUCAUAAGGUAGCUCGCAUGAUUAUGCAAGAUAAUGCUCUGGUUUCUUACUUUUUCAGUGUCCCAGAUGAUGAGAAGGAUGAAUGGGCGAGACUUCUGAUUGAUGGCUCUCUUUAGUACACAGCUCGGGAAAGAGUUAGAAAGAUCAUGGUUAUUCACUUUGGUCUAAAAUAAUUUGCAGGACAAUAUAUAUUGCCUUUGACAUUCAGUAGUAUACAAAUUAUAAUCUUUUGGAUC